AUGUGGGAAACGAACGCGAAUCUCUCAGCGCCACCCAAAGCACCUCCUGCAAAGAUCCCGCACUCCAUAUCGAAGUAUAUAGUCGACUACUACAUUCGAAAUUCUGACGUUCUUCUCAGUGAUACGAACCUCAGAACAGUUUCUCAGAACGGAAGGAGGAGCGCGGCUUACAAGAACCUGAUCACUGAAUUACGAGAGGAAUUUGGUUUUGAAGCAAAUGAAAAAAAGCUACGCAACCACUUUGACCAUAUCAGGUCAAAGGUCAUCGUGAAAGGGAUGUCUCUGAAAAAAGGGACUAAUGCCGAAAAAAGAUAUCGUACGAAAACCGGGGGAGGCCGAUCAAUCCAAGAAAAAGACUUUUUCGAAAAAUCGAACAAUCAAUGCCCAUUCGACAGCCCAAGUGAGCAAGCCUUAUGGGAGUUCUUCGAUAAGACGCCCAUGACUGUUCCAUUCAAAGAAGGGGAGAGUUCAGUUGGAAAGAAAAAAGCAGGCCAUCCUGAAGAAGAGCUUUUAGAAGACGACGACGCACACUUUGUAGAGCCGAACAUGGAAGACUUUGAGUCCGACAGCGAGGAUGACCGCAGGCCGCGAAACGCACGCGUCACAGAGAGAGAUAUUAUCCAAGAACAAUUCCGUCUGUUCAGG